AUUAUAUUAUUUUGGAACUUAAACUAGACUUCAUCUAAUAUUUGAUGCCGUCGGAGGACGUCUUUUUGGCACCUUAAGCAUCCUUUCCCCUGAGCAAGUAUAUAGGAGACUAUUUCUUCCAUUCUUCAAAUAUACCAUUUCAAUCAUGACAUUUUCUGUGUCAUUUCCAUCUCAUAUAUCUUUAAUUUUUGAUGCCUCUCCAGACCCUGGGCAGAAGCGAUAUGUCGGCGUGAGGGUCAAGAUGCCCGUCUGUGAGAUGCUGAGAAAAAUUCGGCUUUCCAAGGGGAUCAAUUCCAACAACGUCAAGGAAAUACCUCUGAAAGCAAGAACCAAGACGACAUCAAGAACAGCAGAAAAAAACAGGGCUUCCUCCAAAAAGAGACAUAAGCAAAACAGGCAUUGUGCCUCCAAAAGCGUGGAAGAGCUGGACAUCCUGGUCGAAGUCCUCCAGGAAGAUUUAAAUGCGAGCCAAUCCAAAUUUGGAUUACAGAUGCCAACACCGUACGGACAAGUGUCGGCCCCAGAAUCUCAGAGUCCUUGGAUAGAAAGGGUUGGAAACCCACCAUCAGAAGAGCAUUGGGAAUCUAUUCCAUUUCAACCACGUUCCCCAGACAUUUCGUGGCAUCCGUUUGGUUGUGGAGCGAUGGAAGGAUGUCCAACUCCGACCAACAUCUUCCGAAAUCAAUGCGAGGAAGAAAGACGUUGGCAGAAGUUCCAGCUCCAACAGGAAGAAGCCCGGCUGAGGAACAUCUCAAUGGAGAAGCUUCUUGAGCCAGAUCCACAUGGAAAUAGACCUCUGCACGGGGCUGUGACACAAGGGAGAAGGGCUCUGGCCUAUGCGCUGGCGUGGCGGAUGGCAUAUCUGAACAAAAUUGAUGAGAAGGACACAGCAAAACAGACUGCAUUGCACAUCGCAGCUCGGAAGAACCACCAACUUAUCGCCGGUGACUUGAUUGCCUUGGGAGCCAACGUCAAUGCAAAGGACAUCUUGGGAAAGACUCCGUUGCACCUUUGUGCAGAGAAGGGCAACCUGGCAGUCCUGGAAGUCUUGCAAAGCUGCCAGCAAAAUGGCACCCACGUCGAGGUGGACGUAACCAACAAUCAAGGAUUAACACCGUUACAGGGAGGGGCUCUUGCUCAUGCUGCACUUGUGAAGGAUUUGGAAAUCCCCGGCCUCUCCCUUGACAUUAAGCAAGUUCUCGCCCUGCGUAAGGAGAGGACUUUGAGAGGCAUCUGCUGCUUGGUGGAGAUGGGAGCUGACCCGUGGGUGCAAGGCACCACGUCGUCCGAUCAAACGUCACAUUGUUUUGCAAAGAUGCAGGAAGAUAAGGAGCUGAUGAAUGCGUUCCAGAUUUACGGACCCAGACGGACCCAGGAAUCUGGCUCUCUCCGGAACAGAGAUGCCCUUCAAUGCUUGCAAGCGGAAAGGAUAGAUUCACCCGCGGUUUUAUUUUCCAAACUCUUGGACCAAUUUCUUGGUCCAAGUCUCAUGUAAACAGGAGGAUCGGUGCAAGCUGGGUUUUUCCUGCCUGGACUUUGGCUCAGCCCCGGUUCCGUGUCCGGAAGGUACCUUCCGUCCUCUGGAAAGUCUCCCUCCGCAUCGAUGUUUGCGUUGCCCCGUGGAUUUCUUCAACGACAAACCCGGACAGUCGGCUUGCUUUGCAUGCGGCUCCGAAGCCGUCCAACCCAAAGAAGGCCAAAAGCUUUGCAAAUGCCUUCGGGAAGGUCGGAUUUUCCAGCCUAGCGAUGCUCAAUGCCCAUGCGCUCCUGGGUAUAAAAACCCGGCCAACGACAGGAGAUGGGACUGCGUGAAGGAAGUGUACGACAUCUGCCGGGACGGAGCGGUCAGAAACCAAGAACGAGCGUGCUUGACAAAAGAAGGAUGGACACAAUAUUGCACAGACAAGGUGCUGCAAAUGGAAGGGUCCAUACGGGUUUGGAGCCUUGGUAGAACUAGAUCUCACUCUGGUCUCGCCUCUGCUAGGUUUGCAGUCGUCCUCAAGACUUCCAGGGAUACGACAGAGUCCUCGGCCUUUGCCUUUGCCAAGCGGAGCGUCUGGACAGCGUCUGCGAUGACCGGUGUAGACGGCGGCAAAGGAACACCUUGCAGUUGGUCUGUGACCAUGAACGGCCUCGUCUCUUGGUGACUUACAGAAAUGGGAGCCAGGAUCCCGUUUCCCUGGAAGAGAUCACACCUUCCUUGCAAGUGUUGGGCUUCCACGCUCAAAGCGAUUGCAUCUCUGCAAAGACAAAAGGAUCCCAACCUGUGUACAUUAUAAAAACAAAUGGGAGAGGAUUUUUGGGAGUCUAUGACCCUGAACCCGAAAUGCUCCAUUCUUUCCUUACCUCCGGUGGGAUCGCAUCUGCAAAUGGAUGGCAGUCCAUGACAUCUUCAGGUAUUUUUAUGCCCAUCCCAACUACAUGUAACAUGUAAAAACAUGUAA